CCGAUGAAACCAAGAAAAUUCCAAUUAACUUAUCACCACUUUGGUAUUCACAGAUGUCCCAGAAACAAUAUUUUCCAAAGCCAAAGCGGUUCGAAAAUAUGACAAUGCCAAAAUUAGGGCAAUCGGGUGAGAGUCGGCGGGACGGAAAACUCAUUUUCCGACAGAGGCUUUGAAUGGGGGUAGGGAUGGGGAGUUGGGAUGCUAACGGUUAGAAUGACGAAGGGUAAACACAUCUUCUACUCUUUCAUUUUUCUGGGCAAAUCAUGGUUGGAUCAAAUUUAACAUAUUUGAGAUGGAAAAACUGACAGAAGGGUAGGAUUGAGAAUUAUUUGAUAGUAGAAGGGCAAAUUUGAUGUGAUUUAUAGUAGAGGGGCAUAUUAUACCUAUAACCAUAGAUAGGGGUAUGGGUGCUCAUGAUGUAGCCUUGGCGCAGUUGAGGACGAGACUAGCCACCUACACCAAUUAGAUGAAGCAUCUGGAAGAUUACGAAUGUCGCGAGAAAGAGUUCGAGGAUGGGGAUGGUUUCUACUAUGGUUGCAUACACAUCGAAAUACAUUGUAUUUCGGAGGGUUUAUCAGAAGUUGGAUGCCUUCUACUUCAAGUCCUACCAGGUGAUGGAGCACAUUAGCGUUGUGGCAUACAAGUUGCAGUUGUCGGAGACAACACACAUCUGCCGACCUUCCAUGUGUCUUUACUUCAUAGAUAUCGAGGCACUACUACCCCAGAUCAGUCGUAUCGUCCCCCGUUCUAUAAAGAUGGCGGAUUGGAGCUUGAGCCAGUGGAGGUUUUACAGACCGUAUGCGUUUAGAAGGGAGGCAAGCUAAUGGAGAAUAGCCUGAUUCGUUGGCAGCAUACAAAAACAAAUGAUGCCAAGUGAGAGGACACAAGGACCAUUCGCCAGAACUACAUGACAUUCGACCUUGAGGGCAGGGGCGGAGCCUGGAUUUGAGGUUUGGGAGGGGGGGGGGGGCAAAAAAAAUUUCGUUUACUAAUCACGAAAAUAUGAAGUAUAUGAACACGUUAUUAAAUUAUAUGAAAAAUAAAUUUAUAAGGUAUUAUGUUCCAAAUAAGUAAUUAGAUUAUAUGGAAAAAAAAUCAUGCAUUUCAAUAGAUAGCACGUCCUUCAAUAUUUUUAUAAAUGAGAAUAUUAAUCUUUGAAAACAAAUCAUGUAUUCUAAUGUUUAGCAUGUCUUUCAAUAUUUUUAUAGCCAUAAAAUAAAUAUAUGUAUGUUAACCUUUGAAGAAAAUUAAUAUAACUAAGACAAAUAUGAAUUCAAAAGUUGGAGAAUUAAAUUUGUAUAGUUUAAAAUGACCGAACUUAUAAAAAAAUAUUAAAAUUAAAUUAACUCUUUGGUAAAUACAAAAAAAAUUGAAAACAUUACAUAAUGUAUUUUUUUAGUAACUUUACGGUAAAAUUUUUGAAAGAAAAAGAAAAACUAGGCAAAAUUUAAAAUUCAUAUAACCUGCUCCCACUAGCACUCGAACUCGGGUCUACUGAGGGGAGGGUAAAAUGUGCUCCUGCUAGACUGGGAGGGGCCUUAUAAUUCUUUCUUAGUCACGUAAGUAUAUAUAAAUAUUUCGUAUAAAAUUACACAUAGGUU